AUGUCUUCUCUUCAAGCAAUCAAGUAUUCGCGGGGGAAACUCGAAGUUCUCGACCAACUACGCCUGCCCCAUUCAUUCCACUACGAUGUCGUUUCGAACCGAUCCGAAGCCUUCGACAGCAUUGCGUCCAUGCGCGUGAGAGGCGCUCCCGCCAUUGCUAUAGUGGCGAGUCUUGGACUUGCCGUCGAGUUGCACCACCAGGGUUUGGCUGCGGACUCUUCGUCUGAAGCUAUUGCUCAGAUCGAUCAAGCUCUCGACUACCUCAAAGGUAGUCGACCAACCGCAGUGGACCUGAGUAACGCCAUCACUCAGCUUAAGUCAAGGAUCCGCGAGUCGAGCGAAGGCACCAAAGAAGACAUCAUCUCAGCUUUUAUCGACGAGGCAGAGAAGAUAUUCGCCCAGGAUUUGACAACGAACGUGGCCAUUGGAGACUCGGGAGCAGAUUGGCUGCGCAGGUAUGCCGGUGCCACCGCUGAAACUCCCGUCUCGUUGCUUACGCACUGCAACACUGGAUCGCUUGCGACGUCGGGACACGGAACAGCACUCGGUAUCAUCCGCUCUCUCCAUUCUAGAGGACUUCUGAAGCACGCCUACUGCACCGAAACUCGACCAUACAACCAAGGUAGCCGCCUCACGGCUUUCGAGCUAGUUUUCGAGGAAAUACCAAGUACGCUCAUCACCGACUCGAUGGCGGCGGCCUUGUUCCGUUUGCAGAAAGAUAAGGCCAACAUUGCCGCUGUGGUAGUAGGGGCGGACCGCGUUGUUCGCAACGGCGAUACGGCCAACAAGAUUGGCACAUACCAACUUGCAGUCCUUGCCAAGGCUCAUGGCAUUAAGUUCAUUGUAGCUGCGCCGACGACUAGCAUCGACCUAGUCACGCCCGAUGGUAGCGGAAUCGCAAUCGAGGAGCGGAAAAACGAAGAGUUGACACAGGUGACUGGCGCCAUAGUCAAAGAAGACGGCACGAUUGAGCAGGGCAGUAAGGCACGCGUGGCCACAGCCGACCAGCGAAUAGAUGUAUGGAACCCAGCAUUCGACGUGACGCCCGCCGAGUUCAUCGACACUAUUGUGACCGAAAAGGGUGCUGUCGAGAAGAGCGCGGAUAACACGUUUGACUUUAGCCGAAUCAUGCCGGAAAGGUGGGCGAAGGUGGUCACUUCCUAA